ACCGCCCCGAAUCCGCCCCCAAAUCUCCUCGCGACCUCGAAACCCUAGCCUCCUCCGGCCACCGUCGCCGGCCACGGUGAGCGGCCCCACCCCCCCGCAGCCAUGGCCUCCCCGGAGGGCUCCACGUGGGUCUUCGACUGCCCUCUGAUGGACGACCUCGCCGCCGCCGCCGGCUUCGACGCCGCCCCCGCCGGAGGCUUCUACUGGACGACGCCCGCUCCUCCGCAGGCGGCGCUACAGCCGCCGCCGCCGCAGCAGCAGCCCGUCGCCCCUGCCACCGCGGCUCCGAACGCCUGUGCUGAAAUCAAUGGCUCUGUGGACUGUGAACAUGGCAAAGAACAGCCAACAAAUAAACGUCCGAGAUCAGAAAGUGGCACUCGACCAAGCUCCAAAGCAUGCAGGGAAAAAGUAAGAAGGGACAAGUUGAACGAGAGGUUCUUGGAACUGGGUGCUGUCCUGGAACCAGGGAAGACACCCAAAAUGGACAAAUCGUCUAUAUUGAACGAUGCUAUUCGUGUAAUGGCUGAGCUGCGUAGUGAGGCACAGAAGUUGAAGGAAUCAAAUGAGAGUCUCCAAGAGAAAAUCAAAGAGUUGAAGGCUGAGAAAAACGAGCUGCGUGAUGAGAAGCAAAAGCUGAAGGCAGAGAAAGAGAGCCUGGAGCAGCAGAUAAAGUUCCUGAAUGCUCGACCAAGCUUCGUACCACACCCUCCGGUUAUCCCAGCCAGUGCAUUCACUGCUCCUCAAGGGCAAGCUGCCGGGCAGAAGCUGAUGAUGCCUGUGAUUGGCUACCCAGGAUUUCCGAUGUGGCAGUUCAUGCCGCCUUCUGAUGUUGAUACCACAGAUGACACCAAGUCAUGCCCUCCUGUUGCAUAAGUCAAAGCAAAGAUCAAUUUGCCUCGCCUUGUAGGAAAGAGGUGAAACUGCCUUCCAUUCAAGCCCAGUUUGGUCGUCAGUGUUUAAACUACCUAGCUAAUCCCAGGAUUAAACCGAAGCUUCGCUGUAUCGAAGUAUCAACCGGUGACAUGUGAACUGACGAAAGAUGACACCGUUGUAUAUUACAUAUUAGUAAAUAAAUUCCAUCUGUCCAAUUAAAUGAGAAUUAGAUGCCAUAUAAUUAUAUCCCACCGUGUUUUGACCA